CCCAACCUACAGCUCAAGGUAACAAAAAAGCACAACACUGAUACCUAAAAACUUCGGAACAUUAGCAGACUGUUACGUGAAGAUGAAUGCAGUCUUCAUUGUAGUUAUUAGUUCAACGUUGUUGGCCCUGGUGUGCAGCACAUUCGGCGAAUCUACGUUGUCCACCACAACUCUUUCUUUGGCAAAUGAAACUGAAACAGAAACGCUGGGUGCCAUUACACAAAUGACAACUAAAAACGAAAUUUCAGUAGAGAAUACAACAGCAAGUACAAAUCAAACAGACAUGUUUGAAGAAAAUGGAAAUUGGACAACUUUGACCGAAGAACCACAUAAUAAGAUGAUGAAUACAUCAAAAAUACUUGAUGAGGAAAGAGUGAAAAUGAUGUCCAACGAUACAGCCAAUGUAGACCAAUCGACGACAACCAUGGCGAUUGAUAUUAGAAAGACUUCAAUGGAAAACACAACAGAAGUUUUAACUUCUACGUCUGAUCCAUCGAAUUCACAAAAAACUGCGAAUCCGAAGUCUGCUCCGAAACCUCCUGAGCCCUCUACUGGUGCAAAAGGAAAUUCCGGAAGUGUUUUGUAUUUUCCAGCAAUUGCUGUGACUUUUGGAUUUUUUAUGUUAUUAAUAUACUAAGAACUACCAAGCGGAAGAAUUUCUGUCUGGUUUAUGGAAAUAUAGCAAAUGAAUUUUAUCACAUCGAUUCUUUGAAGCGUCGAAAAAUGUUUUUUCCAAAGAUUGUUGAAACUUUGUACAUUUUGAUCCAUCUGUAAACUGACAGACGACAAACUGUUGAACAAGACCUGCAAGGAAAAUCAGAGUAUUCUUUGUGCAAAGGAUUAUCAUUCACGGUGUUACUUAUGAUACUUUAGUUUUUGAUGUUAUGUAUUAAAAACAAUCAAACACAGAUUUUGAUAUCUCAAGUUAUAGAUAUAACCAGUGGCUAUACUGUAGAGUCUUCUUGUUGCAAAGUUCAUUUUGAUACAAGAUUUAGGUGUAGAUGCACGUACUCUUAUUAAUUUGUAAAAUACGAUGAAUAUCUUUCUCUUACGCUUAGUGUUAAGUAACAGAAAUACAAAUUUCAUUACAAAUAACUAAUGGGUAUAAUACGAGUUUGCCACAUUCUACGUUAUAUAUAUAUAUAUGAAAUGUAUAUAUACAUGAACUAUACCUUCAAUAUACAAUAUUUAAAAAAAAAGGAUCGUCUGACGGCCAACUUUAGUAAGCUGAUAGUUGUACAUCUCGAAAUGCUCUUCUAUUCGUACAAAGCCCUACAUACGAUUUUGCAGUUUGAGAUAAAUAAGCGAACACUAUAUAUAAAAGUUGAUACUACAUAGCCUACAAACAGGCUAAAAUUGACGAUUUUUGCAUAUCAUGAUGGAUCUUAACAUUUUCUAAUCAAGAAUAACAUUUAUGGGUACCAAUCUCUCGCAAGAGUAACUUCACAUUUUAGUUUUUCAUUACGAUCUAUAUACUUGUAAAGGAGAAAACCCUGCAAUGCAAAAUUAGCAAUCUUGGAAGACAUGUUGAUAAGAAAAUAACAUUAAGGUACUACAAUUUCCAUUUUAAUCAGAUUCUAGACUUGAUAGUAUUCAAAUGAUACAGAAGAUAACUUUUUGAAACUCUCAAGUUAUUGAAACUUUUCAUGUGAAAAGUUCGCCUUACUAUGCUUGUUGGCUGAGACUUUCAAGUUUAAAAAUUGUUCAUAUGUUUAUUACUGCCUUUCUUCAAGUACUCAACAACAAAGUCAACGAAGACAAUUUUAAGUACUACAUAGAAUCAUAGACGUCAAAUGGAAAACAAAUAUGUGAAGCUACUUUUUAUCUAAAUAAGCAAAGUUUUGAGUAAUAUGAUGAGAUGAAACAUAAAAUAGUUUUUUAUGUAAUCCUGUAAGAUUGAAGUGGAAUAUUUAAUGUUUCGUUUUUUGUAAGUAUCCGUAUAUAUUUAAAGAAAUAUACCAGAUGGUGUGUAGUGAUUCUUACACUUUUUUGUGUCCCACCUUAUACUUAUCAAUACAAUAAAUAAAUUUACACACUUUUAGAAUAAGUAUCAAUUACAAAGUUUUAAAAUUUUACACAAUUUAACAUAACAAUAAUUCACUUGGAUGUAGUUUUAUGAAUACAAAAAUGUAUCAGACUCACAACAUAACUAUACUAGUGUCUUAUGAAGUUAUAAUUGAAAAUCAAUGGAAAAAAAAUUGAUUGGAACCUGCAAUACUAGUUUUGUAUAAUUAAGUUUACCAGCUAAAAGCUUAUUGUAGGAAGCUGAUUAAUGGGUAUUUCUACUUUCUGUAACUCUAGAGCUCCUUUGGUUUUGCUUGUAUUUUAUCUGAGAAUUAUUUAGUUUAAAAGUCUUUUUCACUGGAUUAAACUGAACUUCAUGAACAUAUAUUGUAGUUAUUAAUUCACAAUAAGCAACAUUUUGGGUAACAUGUCAAAUGAGUAAGUAGUUUAUGUAAUCCUGCAAGAUUAAAGUAUAAUGUUUUAUUUUUGUACAUAUUCUUAUGUACUAAAGUGUAAACUAUCAUAUGUGAAUGAAUGGUCAAUAAAAAUGUCUGAAUUACAAUCAUAUAUUGUUAGUUAAUAACUGGUGCAUGUCUUUGCACAUAUCUAGAAUUUAUGGAAAAAAAAAGAAUAUAAAAUAAUGAACAAUCGUUCAUGUAUUACCUGGAUGUCUUUUCUAAUCAUAAUUCCUAAAUUACAAAAUGAAUCACAUACAUCUUUAGCAGAAAAACAUCUAUUUUUUGAAUGUGAUAAUUUUUUUUGGUCUUUGAUUUUAGUAGUCUUAUUUUGUGAAAAAUGGAUUUAUUAUAAUUAUUAUUUGUCUACAUCUUACCCAGUAUACGUUUAGAAAUAUAUUUGAUAAUUUAUUACACUGUAUUUCAAUUGCCAUUUCAUGAACAGACUGAAUUUUUUGAUAAAGACUUGGAACAUACCUUUAACUACACAUUAGUAGUAUUUUCUGUCAUAUACGUACAACUCAUUUACUUCAUUGAAUCUUUUUUAAAUUUAAAUUUUUAAGAUCUUACAUAUAUUAAGAUUUGAAUGGUUUAUGAACAUAUAU